GUGAAGGCCAAAAAGUAAAGAAUGUACCAGGACACUUUUGAAGAAGACGAUUUGGUUGCCGAAGUCGAACUUGUCGCUCAGGCUCGUUACUCCCAACAAUCUGAUGUCGAAGACAACUUUGAUGAAGAUUCCACACAGCAGCAGCCUUCUGCUGUACAGAUCCCGGACGGCGUUCGCAACUUUAUCAUGCACUUUUACCGCAACGUGUUGGACAGCAACGUCUAUGAACUCCACAACAUUUACGAUUCUUCUUUCAACAAGCUUACCGACAAGUACUACACCAAGCAGGCUUGGCCCGAGGCUGAAGUCAUUGCUCCCCUUGUGAAUGAUGAUCAAGUAUUCUUGACUCUUUACCGUGAAUUGUAUUAUCGUCACAUCUAUGCUCGUCUUACACCUACUCUUGAGCACCGUGUCCACUCGUACGAAAACUACUGUGAUCUUUUUAACUACAUUCUCAACUCUGAGGGCCCUGUUAACCUUGAAUUGCCCAACCAGUGGUUGUGGGACAUCAUCGACGAGUUCAUCUACCAGUUCCAGUCCUUCAGUAACUACCGCGACCGUCUCAAGAACAAGACCGAGCAGGAGAUUACCUUGUUGCGCACUAGCCCCCAGAUCUGGAGUUGCUACAGUGUCUUGAACGUCUUGUACUCUUUCAUCCAAAAGUCGCGUAUCAACGAACAGUUGUUGGUCAGCAAGAAUGGCGGUGAUAUGAUGGAGGCUGCUGGUGAGUACGGAUCUCGUCCUCUUUACAAGAUGCUUGGAUACUUUUCAAUUGUCGGUUUGUUGCGUGUCCACUGCUUGUUGGGUGAUUACAUGCUUGCAUUGAAGAUGAUGGACAACAUUGUCUUGAACAAAAAGGCCAUGUUUGCUCGCGUUACUGCAUGCCAUGUCACUACAUACUACUAUGUUGGUUUCGCUUAUAUGAUGAUGCGUCGUUAUGCUGAUGCCAUCAAGGCAUUCUCUACCGUCUUGGCUUUCAUCCAACGCACCAAGCAAUACCAUGCUCGUUCUUACCAGUUUGAUCAAAUUGCUAAGAAGGGUGACCAGAUGUACGCCUUGUUGGCAAUCUGCAUUGCUCUCUGCCCCACUCGCCUCGAUGAGAACAUCCACUCUCAAUUGCGUGAGAAGUAUGGUGAGCAGUUGUUUAAGAUGCAAAAGGGUGAAGAGUCUCUUCCGAUUUACGAAGAUCUCUGGCAAUACGCUUGCCCCAAGUUUAUUGCUGCUACCGGUGUCAAUCUUACAAAGACUGAAAACGAUCAAUUGAAUGAUCCUCAUGCCAACCAGCUCAAGAUCUUCAUGUCUGAUAUCCGUAACCAGAUCAUGCUGCCUACCCUGCGCUCGUUCAUGAAACUCUACACCACCAUGGGUAUCGACAAGCUUGCCAAGUUCCUCGAGGUCGAUGCUGAGGAACUCAAGGUGCACCUCUUGAUCCUGAAGCAGAAGUCUCGUCAGUUCAAGUCUGUGACCGGGAACCUCCUUGAGGGUGAAUAUAUGCCGACAUCGGACUUGGAUUUCUGUCUGAAGCAGGAUGUGGUUCAUAUUGCAGAGAGCAAGGUUGGUCGUCGUUAUGCGGACUGGUUCUUGCGCAACAUCAACCGCUUUGAAGAUAUUGUUGCUGCUCUUGAACAAAAGGCUUAAAAAAAAAUCAAAAAAGCAAAAAAUCAAAAAUAAAGAAAAAUAUAAUUAUAAAUAUAAAGAAAAAAGGGUUUUGAAAAAAGUAAAAUAAAUUUUGAAACAUCAUUACGUUC